AUGGUCUCAUUCUCAACGUUCACACUGUUCGCAUGUAAAUCAAAUGCAAUCGUCGGCGAUGGAGAAGGUGAUUCAAACACGCGCACCGCGGCGACAUUCGGCGAUGACGCGACUUUGCCCAUUGCAAUCACCAUCGCCAGUCCUCCUGAGGCGAGCCCGCAGAGGUCACCAUGAUACCGUCUGAAGAGGAAAAGUUGUCAUGGAAUCGCUGAUGAGGUGGAUACCGAAUCGUCAAGGACUAAAAGCCCUACGGACAGUGGUUAUAGAUCAACACCUCGUGAACCGAGUGUCGAAAAUUUUCAUGGUCACAACGAGGUUACUCCUAAUCGUAAGUGCCAAAACGUCUUCGGCGUAGAAAACAGCGAUUUAACUGAUUGCACUUGUGAUAUUUUUGGAGAUAUAUUGCACAAGACAACAACUGUUAUCUACGUGAACGGAGGAGAAGUGCAUUCUGAUGACAAUUCGAUUCUGAGGGUCUACGGUGCAAAUCAUUCAGCCAUCGACAACUUUGCACUUUGCAAGGACAUUAUCCAAGAGACUUCCCAGUGUCCAUUCAAUGAGAGCGACAUCAACCUGUUCCUCAGCAAGAAAAUAUUGCAGAAAAAUGGCAGUUAUUUCGACAAAUCAUUUUUUCCAAGAAUGACUGACUUGCUACUGAAUACUUUGGAAAAUAUUGCUGAGCACAUUCAAAGGCUUUCGAUAAAUAAUGCAAAGGCAACCGACGACGAUGUAACAACAUCGGCUAAGGUGUCUUGCUCUUGUAUUAAAGCAGCAAACCAAGCGAUGACUAUGUAUUGUACUGGUGGAUCGCAUGCACUGAAGAAAAGUAUGUCUCAACGUGCAUCACUUCAUCUAUCAGUUGGAAAACUGUUUUACUGGUUAAUGGAGAAACUCCCUGGAAAACCAUUUUCUGAAUCGGUGCCAGUUUGCAUUACAGCAAUUCUUGAACAAGCAUUAGAGGAAUUGUUGUUUCGUCUUUGUAUUCCUGGUCGAGAAGACAUCACUCAUCAGAAGUUCAACGAAAUAACAUCUACCCACAAGUCGUUGGUGUCGUGUCUAGCAUCCAUGUGCAAGCAAAAAGAAGUAGAUUCUGCAGUGGUACUUUCAAAAGUGGGCCUUCUUCAGUCAAUAAAUGAAUGUCGAGCAGAAGACGUUGCGCAGUACGCCGAAUUUUUGCAAUGGUCAAGACAAAAACAGCGUAGUCUGGUUCAAAUGAGUUCAUCUGGACUACAGUGCUUGCGCUAUUUCAUCGGGAAUAAACAAAGUUCCACAAGCAAAGGCGUUCCUAUUGCAAAUUGGACGCGAAUUAUGUUUGCUUUUGCCGAGCACAGAAUGUCCAGCACAGUAGACGACGUCGACGUUCAACAGGCAGCAAGAGUAGUGUUAGGCUGUGAUUGUGCUCCUCCACUCAUCACGACAAACAUUCGGAAAUACACGGAUCUCUCUCUAGCUGGUGCCAGAAAAGAAUUUGCUUUUUACCUUGCAGCUUCUGGGUCGUCCAACCACGUUCAUAACGCAGCAGCGAUAUUGGCCGGGAAUUGGACAGCGACCAAUCAAUUUGGUCUUAGCCUCCUGUCUGAAGCCGUCAUACGCUCCGACACUGAAGCUCUUCGCAGUUUAAUUAAGGUCGGAUUCUCCCCAAAUGUUCCAGUGCCCAAUCCAAGCGAUGUUCGAAGACCUUUUCUUUUUUCGGAAUAUACCGGAUGGACACCACUGACAUGGGCUGUCGCAAAGCGAAAUACAUCAUGUAUUGAACUGCUGUUACAUUCCAAGGUCCAGGUCGAGAACGAUGUGAUGAUAAAGGAAUCGCCAAUCCAAGUGGCAGCACAACUGGGUGACGAGGAUAUGGUAAGACAGCUGUUGUCCUUCGAUGCGAACGCGUUUCGUUCGACGAUGGAAUACCGUAAGACUUCAGUCCGUUCCGUAGGAUCUCCAUCAGCACUGGCAGCCGCUUGUGCUCGAGGACACUCCCGAAUCGUCGACAUAUUCAUCGGCCGAUGUUAG